AACAGAGCUACCUCCCAAAUUUCAGAGACGUGUCUCCUUAAGGCAGUUCCGACCCCUCAAUAUAAACCUUCAGUCGGCGCGUUUCCAACUCGUACCUCCAUGACUUCAGUUGGACAUCAGAGAAUUGUAAUUCAAAACAACCAUGGGGAGAAUCUCGUCGGAAUAUUACAUGAAACAGGUUCUAAGGAUCUUGUUAUCAUCUGCCAUGGCUUUCAAUCAAAGAAGGAACGCAUACCCAUGGUGAGUCUGGCCACUGCGUUAGAAAGAGAAGGAAUCAGUGCUUUCCGCUUUGACUUUGCUGGGAAUGGGGAAAGUGAAGGUUCCUUCAUGUAUGGUAACUACCGCAGAGAAGCUGAGGAUUUACGAGCUGUUGUUCAAUAUUUCUACAAGAAGGAACGUCUAAUAACUGCAAUCAUCGGGCACAGUAAAGGAGGAAAUGUGGUGCUUCUCUAUGCUUCAAAGUACAAUGAUGUACCAGCUGUUAUCAAUAUUUCUGGCCGCUUCCAUCUAGAGAAAGGCAUGGAAGGUCGAUUGGGUAAAGAUUUCUUGCAAAGAAUCAAGCAAAAUGGGUAUAUUGAUGUUAAGAAUAGAAAGGGAAAGUUUGAGUAUCGUGUAACUGAAGAAAGUUUGAUGGACCGAUUAACCACUGACACUCAUGCAUCAUGCCUUUUGAUUGAUCAAAAUUGCAGGGUGUUGACAAUUCAUGGAACCAUGGAUAAAAUUGUACCAGCCAAAGAUGCCCUGGAAUUUGCCAGGUUUAUUCGAAAUCAUAAACUGCAGUUAAUUGAAGGAGCUGAUCAUGAGUAUACUUCACACCAAGAUGAGUUAGCUACAGUUGUGCUUGAUUUUAUAAGGGCAGUCCGUGAAGACAAGAACAUACCCCAACACUUCCAAUCAUGCAAAAGAGGGCUUGAUUUUAUCAAAUCACGUAUCUGAUAAAUAGUGAAUAACAUACAUGUUCCUGAAAGAAGAAAAUAGACCCUGGAGAUUUUUGCCUAGCUGAUGUAAAAGCUACCUUCACGGUUGAAUUUUGAAGCUUUAGAUUUUGCUGCAUUCCCUACGGCCUUCUUCUUUGUGGGAUCCAGGAAGUUAAGCUUAUUGAUUGUUUUGUAGGUUAACUGAUUUGUAGGUUAUUGUUAAAGGAAACUCUGUUACUGCAAUGGAAAAGCCAUGAAGCUAUAAUUUUACAUCAUACAAAGUAAAAUUACUUUGGUUUCAACUUCUAUAGGGA